AUGACUUCCUAUGAAGAAGCAAAUGCCAUUUGCGAGUUCCUUCGAGAGAGGAUCAGCAUUACUCCCUUGGUGGGCAUCAUUUGUGGCUCAGGACUAGGCCAAUUAGCCAACCGCAUCUCUAAGCCAGUAAUCAUUCCCUACAAGGAAAUUCCUGGAUUCCCACAUGCCACCGUGAAGGGACAUAAGGGAAAUCUGGUGUUUGGUAUACUGGGUGGGAAGAACGUGAUGGUGAUGCAGGGUCGAUUCCACGCCUACGAGGGAUAUACACAACAGCAGAUCACACUGCCGGUGAGGGUGAUGCGUUUGAUGGGAUGUGCGUACCUUUUUGCUACCAACGCGGCGGGCAGUUUGCAUCAGAACUACGAUAUAGGAGAUAUUAUGGUGGUGAAGGAUCACAUCAGCAUGCCGGCAUUGGCUGGAAUCAAUCCACUCACGGGUCCCAAUGAUGAGAGGUUUGGUCCUCGAUUCCUAGCACUCUCGGAUGUCUAUGUAAAGGAGCUACGCGACCUGACCCUGCAGGUGGCAGAGGAGAUGGGGAUUGGCAAGCUAAUGCAUGAGGGUGUGUAUAUGUGUUGUUGUGGUCCCACCUAUGACACUCCAGCAGAGGCGAGGGCUCUGCGCCUGCUGGGUGCUGAUGUUUUGGGAAUGAGCACCACAGCAGAGACCACCGUGGCACACCAUGCAGGAAUGCGUGUGCUCGCUCUCUCCCUCGUCACCAAUCGCGACAUCUUGGACAUCGAUCAAGGGGAGAAGACGAGCCACGAGGAGGUUCUCUGCACGGCUCUUUACCGAGGUGACACGAUAGCCACUUUGCUCACACAUGUUCUGGUGGCUUUGUAA